CAUCAUCCACCAGUUUUCGGUGUGGAAUAUCAAAAGAAUUCAACCAGUUUCCAAGAUGAUUCCCCAGGCGAAAAACCUAUUUCUUUACAGAAUAAUUGUAAUUCAUGUAAUUAUACUGAUGCACAUAUUGCAAUCAAAAGGAGCAACUAUCAAGUAUGAAAAUGAACCGGUUUGUAAAACUGAAACAUGUCGUGAUAUAGCUAAUGAAAUUAUUAAUGGUAUGGAUACACGUGCAAAUCCAUGCAAUGAUUUUUAUCAAUAUGCUUGUGGUAAUUGGGGAAAAAAUUAUCAAAAAACAAAUAAUAUAAUGACUUAUAUGAAUAUUAUAAAUAAUAGAACAAAAUAUUAUUUAAAAGAUAUUUUAGAGUCGAAUAUAACAUCUGAUGAAAAUUUAUCAUUAAAAAAAGCUAAAGAAUUGUACAAAGUUUGUAUGAAUACAAGUAAAAUUGAGAGCCAAGGAAUAAUUGGAUUAGUGGAGUUAAUUAAUCAACAAGGUGGUGGCUGGCCAAUGACCAUGGACAACCAAGAAUGGAUAUUAUCAAAUGAUAAUUUUAAUUGGCAAAUAAUUGAUGAAAGUAUAAACAAAUUAUUGGGAAAAUCAUUAUUAUUUAAUAUUCAAAUUAAACCUGAUGUAUUUGAUACAUCAUCUCAUAUUAUUCAGUUAUCAUCACCCAAAACACAAACUGCUGCUGGUUUAACAUUAGAUGAAGAACAUCUUAAAGCAUAUAUGCAAAAAAAUCUUACUCGUAAAUAUAUAAAUGGUAUUGGUAAAAUUGCUAAAAUAAUUGCAAAACAAAAAAGUGUUAAAAAUAUUUCUGAUGAUGUAAUUGAAGCUGAUGCUAGAAAUAUUGUUACUCUAGAAGUUAAAUUGAAUCAAAUUACAAGAGUUGGAAUAAACACAACUGAUCAAGAUCUUCUUGCUCCAUUUACAAAAUUAACUAUUGAUGAGUUACAGAAAAAAUAUAAUUCAAUGAUUCCAGAACAAUCAAAUAGAAAAAUCAAUUGGCUGGAGUAUAUUCGUAAUUACUUAUCUGUUGUUCCUGAAAUUAAUGUAAAUGGAUCAACAAUUAUUACUGUGCAUCCAUUAAGAUACUUUAUUAAUUUAGCAAAAGUUCUUGAUGAAACACCAAAAAGAGACAUCAUUAACACAAUGCACUGGUGGUUGAUAAGUGAGCUCUUGCCUUAUACAAAUCAAGAGAUGUUGAAUAUAUCAAGAGAAUUUAGUCCAGUAAUGAUGGAAAUUCAACCAAGAUGGAUUAUCUGUACAGCAGAAAACGAAUUAAAACAUGCAAUUUCACAUGAGUAUAUUAAAAGAUACUUUCCAAAUAAUGCAAAAGAAGCUACUGAACAAAUGGUUGGCCAAAUUAUUCAUGAAAUGAGAGAACACAUUGAAAAUUCUACUUGGAUGGAUUCACAAUCGAAACAAAGUGCUCUUGAUAAAUUAAAUGGGAUGAGACAAUUUAUUGGCUUUCCUGACUGGUAUUUAAAUAAAAAUAUCACUUACCAUUAUUACAACAAACUCAAAAUUGGUGAUAAUUAUAUGGAAAAUUAUUUAUCAAUUCGUAAAUUUAAUAUUAAAAAUAAUCUUGAAUUAUUUAAUACACCAGUUGAUAAAAAAAAGUCAAAUCUAAUUGCAACUGUUGUAAAUGCCUAUCAUGAUUAUCCAGAAAAUUCUUUGUCAAUUCCAGCAGUAAUUUUACAACGACCAUUUUACAGUAAAGAACAACCAGAUGCUGUCAAUUAUGGAGGAAUUGGUGGUGUAAUAGGUCAUGAAAUUUCUCAUGGAUUCGAUGACAUUGGACGUCGUUAUGACAAUAAUGGCAAUUUAAAAAAUUGGUGGUCAAAUAAUACACUUAAUGACUAUAAAAAAAGAGCCUGGUGUUUCGUGGAAAAAUUUAAAAAAUACGCAAUUGUUUCGCAGAAUACAACUUACAAGCUAAAUUCAAUAAAAACAUUGUCAGAAAAUAUUGCUGAUUCAACAGGCAUACGAGCUGUAUUUAAGGCAUUUGAAAAACACUCUGUUGAAAAAUAUUCAUUAAAUAAUAUGCGGCUAAUUGGUUUGGAAAAUAUAAACACAAGAAAAUUGUUUUUUCUUUCAUAUGCACACUCAUUUUGUGAAGCAAUGCCUUUAAAUAAAAUGCUCAAUAUGUUGAUGACUGACGUACAUUCACCAGCUCCUUUUCGAAUGACUGGAACACUUUCAAACAUGAAAGAAUUUUCUGAUGUGUUUGAAUGUUCCAACAAAACAAUAAUGAAUCCACAAACAAAAUGUGGUUUAUGGUAUUAAAGAUAAAUUUUAAAAUUAUACAAACUUGCUAUCUACGUGCUCGUUUAAAUUGAAGAGUAUAAUUGAAUUAUUAUUAAAAUAAUGAUGACAAAUAAUAAUUUUGUGAAUUAAUUAAAAACACGUGUUUGAUUUUGCCAAAAAACAUCGUGUUGAAGUACAAGAUAUUUAUUGGCUGGUGUGUUUAAACAUUCAAAGUCCUUGAUGAUAUUUUGAUGUAUAAAUACAUGUAAUUUUGAUGCAUUACCAAAACGAUGACGUGUUGCUCUAUCAGCCAAUUGAAUAGUAGCAACUGUUACAGCAGUUCCCAUGACAUUUAAAACUUCAAGUGCAGGACAAUUUUCAAGUACUCUUUUAAUAGCAACAUCAGUCACUAAUUGACAACCACAACAUUCUAAUUUAAUUAAAUUUUGAAAUUGAAAAAAUACUGUGUUAUCAAUUUCACGUUCCAUCAUGCAAAUACGUAUUGAUUUUAAACUUUGUGGUGCACUAAAAAGAUAAAAGCCUUGUCUUGUUAUUUUUGGUGCCAUUAAAUUUUUAAUUGCAAUACUUUUUAAAUUAUUUAAAUUUUCACAAAUUGCCUGAAGAAAUUCAUUUUCCAUAUUUGCUAUACGUUCAAGUUCAAGACUUUCUAAAUUAACAAGCUUCUUAAUUUUUUUGCUAUUUGAUGGCAAUUUACAAAAUAUUAAACCAAGAUGUUUUAAUGUUUGAAUCUUUGUUAUUAUUUUAAAUGUACUUUUGUCAAAUUUUAUUUCUCGUAAAUUGAGUGAAUGGAGUACAUGACAAUUCGAAAUUACCUGUUGCAACAAAAAUUACAAUAAUUAAUAUAUCAUAUUAAUUUUAAAUAAUUAAAUUUUAAUUCAUAAUAUUAUUAUUAAUGGAUAACUUACUGAUGAAAAAUUAUUGCACCAACUUCGACUUGGUGUAUCUCCAUAUGAUCCAACAGAAUAAUAAAUAGUAUUAAUAUCAGCUGUGAGACUUAGAAAAUUUUGAGGAUCAAAUUUCGUUGAAUAAUGAGUCAAAAUUUUGAUUGUAUGUAACUUGAUAAGUUUUUCAAAAACACCAACAUAAUCCAUUGUAUUAUGAACGUGAAAUCCCAAUUGUAAAUAUGUUACGUUGCAACAAUGAUCAGCAACAACUCUCAUGAUACUUGAUUCAAUAUAAUCACCCAAUAUUAGUCUGUUUAAAAAUUGACCACAUCGUAUAAUGACUUUCUCAACAAUUUCUUGUGGUGGUUUUCUAUCUCCAAAAUGUUCUUGAUUAAAAAAAUAGAAAUCACCAGCAAAAAAUUUGUCAACUUCAUUCCAAGCUUGGAAUUUACUUAUACGUUUCCAUUUCUCACAUACUAAAAAUUAAAAACAACAAAAGAAAUCAAUUUAUUAUGUAUUAUAUUAUGAAUAAUUAUAAUUUUAUUUUACCAUUCUCCAUAUUUAAUCUGUCUGAAUAUGGUAAAAACUUGAAUAUUGUAGCAAGAUAAUCAUCUGUGAAUUUAUGAAUCGACAUUUUUCAAAGAUUAUAAAAUUAUAUUUUUAAAUUUUAUUUUUUAUACGAUUUUUAAGUUUAAUAAUUCAAUUAAUUUAAAUAUUUAAACAAACACUUGACAAUAAAAAUAAUUCAGUUUUGAGACAAC